CUAAUAAUAAGAGACUUGGACAAAAUAAAAAUCUGAUGCCUAACUCAGAAUACCAAGAAUACAAUUCUGAUGAUCAAACAAAUUCAUCUGUUACUGAACCAGAGGCUAUAUCUAAUAUUAAUAUUACAAAGAAAAGUUUGUUUACAUUUUUCGAAAUAUUAAUUAUAGAUUUUAGUGAUACUUUGUCAUUUGCUAAUGUUAAAUAUUUUAUUACAAAAAUAAAUAAAACAAAGGAUACUAAAUCACAAGUUGAACCAGUAUCUAUUAAAAAAAUUGAAUAUACUUCUCUUGAUGAAGUUGAUUCUAUUACAGAAAUAAACAAAACAAAAAAUAUUAAAUUAAUGUCAGUUUUUGAUGAUCAUAAUGAAGUUGAAAAAGAUACUAAAUCGCAAGUUAAACCAGUAUCUGCUAAAAGAGUAAAAAGAAUAUCAGUUUCUGAUGAUCAUACUGAACUUGUAGCUCAUAAUGAAGUUGAGAAACAUAUCUUAUCUCGUAGGUUGACCUGUAAAAAGAGAACUUAA